CCGGCGGCGGCGCCGCUUUCUGGAAGGUUCGUGAAGGCGGUGGGCGCUUACGGUUGGUCCCUGGUCAGCCGCAAUCCGUGUCCAUCCGUCCUUCCCAAGCUCACGCAGACCCAUCCAAGGUUGCCAUGCCCGAGAACGCAGCACCCCGGACCGGGCCGCCCGCCGGGGCUGUCGGGGCUGCCGGCGGCCGCGGGAAGAGCGCCUAUCAGGACCGCGAUAAGCCGGCCCAGAUCCGCUUCAGCAACAUCUCCGCAGCCAAAGCUGUUGCUGAUGCUAUUAGAACAAGCCUCGGACCAAAAGGAAUGGAUAAAAUGAUUCAAGAUGGAAAAGGUGAUGUGACCAUUACAAAUGAUGGUGCCACCAUUCUGAAACAAAUGCAGGUGUUACAUCCAGCAGCCAGAAUGCUGGUGGAACUAUCCAAGGCUCAGGAUAUAGAAGCAGGAGAUGGCACCACAUCAGUGGUCAUUAUUGCUGGCUCUCUCUUGGACUCCUGUACCAAGCUUCUUCAGAAAGGGAUUCAUCCCACCAUCAUUUCUGAGUCAUUCCAGAAGGCUUUGGAAAAGGGCAUUGAAAUCUUGACUGACAUGUCUCGACCUGUGGAACUGAGUGACAGAGAAACUUUGUUAAAUAGUGCGGCCACUUCAUUGAACUCAAAGGUUGUGUCUCAAUAUUCAAGUCUCCUUUCUCCAAUGAGUGUAGAUGCAGUGAUGAAAGUGAUUGACCCAGCCACAGCUACUAGUGUAGAUCUUAGAGAUAUUAAAAUAGUUAAGAAGCUUGGUGGGACAAUUGAUGACUGUGAGUUGGUGGAAGGUCUGGUUCUUACUCAAAAGGUAGCAAAUUCUGGCAUAACCAGAGUUGAAAAGGCUAAAAUUGGGCUUAUUCAGUUCUGCUUAUCUGCUCCCAAAACAGAUAUGGACAAUCAAAUAGUGGUUUCUGACUAUGUUCAAAUGGAUCGAGUGCUAAGAGAAGAGAGAGCUUAUAUUCUAAAUUUAGUGAAGCAAAUUAAGAAAACAGGAUGUAAUGUUCUUCUCAUACAGAAGUCUAUUCUAAGAGAUGCUCUUAGUGAUCUUGCAUUACAUUUCCUGAACAAAAUGAAGAUUAUGGUGGUAAAGGAUAUUGAAAGAGAAGACAUUGAAUUCAUUUGUAAGACGAUUGGAACCAAACCAGUUGCUCAUGUUGACCAGUUCACUGCUGACAUGCUGGGAUCUGCUGAGUUAGCUGAGGAAGUCAGCUUAAAUGGUUCUGGCAAACUGAUCAAGAUUACAGGUUGUGCGAGCCCUGGAAAAACAGUUACAAUUGUUGUUCGUGGUUCUAACAAAUUGGUGAUUGAAGAAGCUGAGCGCUCCAUCCAUGAUGCUCUCUGUGUUAUUCGCUGUUUAGUGAAGAAGAGAGCUCUUAUUGCAGGAGGUGGUGCUCCAGAAAUAGAGUUGGCCCUACGGUUAACUGAAUACUCACGAACAUUGAGUGGUAUGGAAUCCUACUGCAUUCGUGCUUUUGCAGAUGCUAUGGAAGUCAUUCCAUCUACAUUAGCUGAAAAUGCUGGCCUGAAUCCCAUUUCUACUGUAACAGAACUAAGAAACCGGCAUGCCCAGGGAGAAAAAACUACAGGCAUUAACGUCCGAAAGGGUGGUAUUUCCAACAUAUUGGAGGAACUGGUUGUCCAGCCUCUGUUGGUUUCAGUCAGUGCACUGACUCUAGCAACUGAAACUGUCCGGAGCAUUCUGAAAAUUGAUGAUGUGGUAAAUACUCGGUAAUCUGGUUAACAGGGUCUGACUGGCACCAGCAUGGCCACUGAUGGUGCAGCUGGAGUGGAAGAGCACCUUGGCAUUCCUUGUUGUUUGGAAGAUUGUUUCUUUUAUGAAUUUCUGGGCCUGGUCUUCCAGUUGGCAUUUGCUUCAAAUUGUAUUGACACAGUUCAAUGAAAAUAUUAAAUACAUGGUUUCAAAAAGCA